GAUGAGUCGUCAUGAUCGAUUUGGUGGCAAGAACCUGAAGGAAACCCCUCACCGGCGUGCACAGCAAGACAUCUCUUAUUAAAAUCCGGAUAAAAGGGCGAUUGACAGCCAGCGAUUCGAAACCAACUAACUACGAAACAGCCACAAUGUCGGCAACGGUUGCCUCGCUCUUCUCCCUCGGCGGCAAGACCGCCAUCGUGACAGGAGGAACCAGGGGCAUUGGGCAGGCCAUGGCCUUUGCCCUUGCAGAAGCUGGUGCCGAUAUUAUCUUGAUUCAGAGGGAUGACUCGAACACCUCAACUCGCGAUGAGAUCGUCAAUCGCAUUGGCAGAAAAGCUUGGAUCCACGUGGCAGAGCUGUCAAAUCGGGAAUCGAUCAAGAGUGUCAUCCCAGCCCUGACCAGCCAAGGUCUGAAGCCAGAGAUCCUGCUCAACUGCGCCGGAAUCCAGCGGAGACACCCAAGCGAGAAGUUCCCGGAUGAAGAUUGGGACGAGGUCAUCCAAGUUAACCUGACGUCCGUCUUUACGUUAUGUCGAGAGUUUGGCGCCUAUCUGUUGGCGCGAGAUGAAUCAGAAUUCCCAACGGGUCGUCGGGGAUCUAUCAUCAAUGUCGCCUCUCUCCUCACCUUCCAAGGAGGCAUCACGGUGCCUGCAUAUGCAGCAUCUAAGGGAGGUGUUGGGCAACUGACUAAGGCUCUCUCGAAUGAAUGGGUGGCGAAGGGUAUCAAUGUCAACGCCAUUGCCCCUGGGUACAUCGCCACAGACAUGAACACUGCUCUGAUUAACGAUGCCAACCGCAAUGCUGGUAUCAUGGCUAGAAUCCCCGCUGGCAGAUGGGGCAAACCAGAGGACUUCAAGGGCGUGAUAGUGUUCUUGGCAAGCCAAGCGAGUAGCUAUGUCUCAGGGGAAGUCAUCUGUGUUGAUGGUGGUUGGAUGGGACGGUAAAAAGUAUUACGUCGAUGAUUGUUCGUGUUUUCUUUUCAUUCUUCUUCCACGAAUUUUCUUUAUUUGUAUGCCAUUUGCCGUGUUUAGAGCCCUAUUGCAAGUCAUAGAUGGAAUGUACAGUGAUGAUUCUGAGACAGCUACUUCACACCACCACACAACACUAUCAUUAGCAUUUCCCUGUCAAUAUCUGAAGGAUGCUAUUAUCAGGUCACUCUUGCCUUAGCC